CGGGACCCCCCGUGAGGCCGCAGUAACUCAAGUGUAACCAAAAAUAUGAUUUGUUACCUACUGCACCAAACAUCUUAAAUAUUUCAUUUGCCAUUUGGUCACCUGGCUUCAACUACAAUGCAACAAGCUUUAGAACUGGCAUUGGAUCGUGCAGAGUAUAUCAUCGAAAGUGCCCGUCAGAGACCUCCCAAACGAAAAUAUUUAUCCAGUGGAAGAAAAUCUCUAUUUCAAAAACUCUAUGAUUUGUAUAUAGAAGAAUGUGAAAAAGAGCCUGAGAUAAAGAAGCUGAGGCGAAAUGUGAAUUUACUUGAGAAGCUGGUUAUGCAGGAGACGUUAUCGUGUCUGGUAGUGAAUCUUUAUCCAGGAAAUGAGGGUUAUUCACUGAUGCUCAGGGGAAAGAAUGGUUCAGAUUCUGAGACCAUUCGGCUGCCUUAUGAGGAAGGAGAACUGCUUGAAUAUUUGGAUGCAGAGGAGCUACCACCUAUUCUGGUUGAUCUUCUGGAAAAAUCUCAGGUUAACAUUUUUCAUUGUGGGUGUGUCAUAGCAGAAAUACGUGAUUAUAGGCAGUGUGGGAAUAUGAAAUCUCCAACGUACCAAAGCAAGCACAUUCUUUUGCGUCCUACAAUGCAGACUUUAAUUUGUGAUGUGCAUUCUAUAACGAGUGACAACCACAAAUGGACACAGGAGGACAAACUYCUACUUGAGAGUCAGCUUAUUUUGGCCACAGCAGAGCCUUUGUGUCUUGAUCCUUCAAUAGCAGUGACCUGCACCACCAACAGGCUGCUGUACAACAAGCAGAAGAUGAAUACUCGCCCCAUGAAACGGUGCUUCAAAAGAUACUCCAGGUCAUCCCUAAACAGGCAGCAGGAAGUGGCUCAUUACUCUACACCACCUCAGCUCAGACUACUUGAUUACUUGCAGAAAAGAAAGGAGAGGAAAGGAGGCCAGCAGUAUGACCUCAAAAUUUCUAAAGCUGGAAAUUGUGUAGAUAUGUGGAAACAGAACCCUUGCUACUUGACUGCRCCUUCUGAAGUGGAUGUGGAAAAAUAUGCCAAAGUGGAAAAGUCCAUCAAGCCUGAUGAUUCACAGCCAACUGUCUGGCCAGCACAUGAAGUAAAAGAUGAUUAUGUGUUUGAAUGUGAAGUUGGUAACCAACUGCAGAAAACAAAACUGACUAUUUUUCAGUCUCUUGGCAAUCCAUUGUACUAUGGUAAAAUUCAGACACUCAAAGGUGAUGAUGAAAGUGAUAACCUAUUAACUCCAUCACAAUUCCUUAUUGGUUCCAAGACUGAUGCUGAAAGAGUGGUGAACCAGUACCAAGAGUUAGUACAGAAUGAAGCUAAAUGUCCUGUGAAAAUGAUUCAUAAUUCAGGUGGAUCCGUCAAUCUUAGUCAUCUUUCUCCAGGGAAGGAAAUGGAACCAGAAAGUUUAUCAGGCUCUGUUCAGUCUUCAGUAUUGGGGAAAGGUGUAAAACACCGACCUCCUCCUAUCAAAUUACCUUCAAGUUCAGGAAGUAGCUCUUCAGGUAGUAUUUUUAGUCCACAGCAGUCAAGUGGCCAUCUAAAAUCCCCAACUCCUCCUCCUCCUUCUAAGCCUCCCGGGCUUUCUCGGAAGCAAUCUAUGGAUCUUAACCAAGUUAGCAUGCUCUCUCCAGCUGCCAUGUCUCCCGCGAGCUCUUCACAAAGAACAACCUCCACGCAGGUCAUGGCAAACCCCGCAGGACUUAACUUCAUCAAUGUAGUGGGCUCUGUGUGUGGAGCACAGACAUUGAUGAGUGGUUCAAACCCCAUGCUGGGGUGCAACACUGGUGCCAUAGCCCCUGCAGGUAUAAAUCUGAGUGGCAUUUUACCAUCAGGAGGCCUGGUACCAAGUGCGCUGCCCGCUGCCAUGCAGUCUGCUUCCCAAGCAGGCAGCCCUUUUGGUCUGAAAAAUGCACCAAAUCUUCGACCCUUAAAUCUUCURCAGGGGUCCGACCAAGGUCCAUCCACCCAAGAUCAGGCCUUAUCCRCCCAGCAAGCUGCUGUGAUUAACCUGACCGGAGUAGGGAAUUUUAUGCAACCUCAGGCCACAGCAGUUGCGAUUCUUGCAGCAUCAAAUGGCUAUGGCAGCAGCAGCAGCUCAAGCAGCUCACCUACAACAUCAACAGCAUUCAGGCAGCCACUCAAAAAGUAAAAGGAAGAGAGGCACUCCGGCCCCUCCAAAAUCCUGAGACUUGCAUUUUUUUUCUAUAUAUAAUUAAUGAUUCAAAGGGGAUUUUUUAAAUUUUAAAAAGGAGAAAGCUUAAAAACAAAUCAGUGUUUUACAUUGCUGGUGGGAAAAUGGCUAUUGAAACUACACUGUAAUAAAUGGAACUGCUUUAGGAAGCCAGCCCUUUGGAAAUGGGAGAUUUUGCCUGUAAAGCAGCUAGGGCUUGGUUUCUUUAAGUCAUUUAAUUUUUUAACAGAAUGUUUUAUCUUGUAUUUUUUACCAUUCGGCAGCACUGUAUAUAGUCUGAGGGUGAAAAUCAUUUUAGAAAAAUGAACUUUGUAAAUGUAGUAUUGGUAUUUGUUUAUUUAGUAUAAAAGGUUUGUGGACASUGUAACAAAUA